AGUUUCUAUAUAUUACCAGUUUAUUUAGGAGUCUAAACUCAUGUGUUUAAAACAGAAAAUGUUUAGGUGUGCGUUUGUUUUCUCUGCUGCUGUCUUUUCUUGCGUUCUGUUCUGCCAUGCCCUGCUCUGAAGCGACACCCGCCAUCUCCCCCAGCAAGAGGCCCCGGCCUGCGGAGGACAGCAUGCGGCUCCGCUUUGUCCGGCUCUCAGAGCACACCACCGCCCCGACCAAGGGGUCCGCGAGGGCUGCAGGCUACGACCUGUACAGCGCCUGUGAUUAUACACUACCACCUAUGGAGAAAGCCCUUGUGAAAACGGACAUUCAGGUAGCUCUUCCUUCUGGGUGCUGUGGAAGAGUAGCUCCCCGUUCUGGCUUGGCUGCAAAACACUUCAUCGAUGUAGGAGCUGGCGUCAUAGAUGAAGAUUACAGAGGAAAUGUGGGUGUCGUACUAUUUAAUUUUGGCAAAGAAAAGUUUCAAGUCAAGAAGGGCGAUCGGAUUGCACAGCUCAUUUGUGAACGGAUUUUUUAUCCAGAAAUAGAGGAAGUUCAGGUUUUAGAUGACACUGAAAGGGGUUCAGGAGGUUUUGGUUCCACGGGGAAGAAUUAACAUUUAUGCCAAGAAUAGAAAAUGAGGAAACGUACUUUUUUCUUAAAAAUAAAGAGUUUUUGCUUGGUGUUUUGCACAUCUGUAAACAUAAUAGCUUUAGCUUCUAAAACUGUUUGGUUCUCUUAGGAUUUAGGAAAAGAUACCUGUGUUGGGGUCCCAUAAAACCUUACUUAUGUUUUUACACAUCUGAUUGUUGUAUAA